AUGGCCAAUUUCUCUGCCUCUACUGGAUCGAAUUCAGACGUCGAUCCUUUGCUCGUUUCACAGUUAGUCAUCUUUGCAGUCAUAGCACCCUUUAUUGUGGUGGGAAAUGUUUUCAUUUGUUGGAUAGAACUAACGAGGAAAGUACGCCGAAGCAGCAGCUACUUUAUACUGAAUCUUGCUAUCAGUGACUUAGCGGUGGGCCUCGUGAGUAUUCCACUCGACAUCACCGAACUUCUCGCAGACCACUGGCCGUUCUACGGUUUCGUCUGUAAAACAGUCUACCCUUUUCAAACUGUUCUUAUGGCUGUGUCCGUUAUCACUCUGCUUUGUAUGACUGUGGAACGUUACAGAGCAGUUGUUACACCUUUUAAGAGUAAGCCAACAAGCAGAUGUAUUAUUAAAGUCAUUAUCUCUGCAUGGGCAACGAGUUUUCUAUUGGUUACCCCAUACACCCUAGUUUUAAGAAUGAAGAAUGACGAGUGUGUGGAAGAUUGGCCAAGUCGAGAUCACGUCAAGACCUACACCGUUAGCGUUUUCUCAGUGCUGUAUCUUUUACCGCUAACCCUCAUCACCAUCUUCUACACAAAAAUUGGUCUUUAUGUGCGAAUGGAGGCCCGAAGGUGGAAAUCAUUGGUAAGAUAUUAUCAUGGUACUUCAAUACGUCAGGUGCAGGACAUUGCACAAUUACGGCACAUGCAGAAUACUAAACUUAUAAAAGCUUUCGUAGCUGCGGUUAUGGUAUUCGCAGUAUGUCAGCUACCCACCCACGUCUUUUGGCUUUUGCAUGAUUUCGGCACUGAAAGCAAAUGGGAACGCAUGGAUGUUAUAAUACCAUUUGCUCACAUUCUAACUUAUUUAAAUAGUGCCAUUGAUCCAUUCAUCUUUGGAAGCCUUGAUGCACAGUUUCUACGAAAGAAAGUAAGAUCGUUGUUUGGCAUUCAGCGCUCGGAAAAACACAGCUGCAGAUGUCGUGCCUCAGGUAAUGAAAAACACCGUAAAGGAAGGAAAGAGUCAUCAUCGAGUGUAGGGGCUGAGAUACAAAGAUUUUGGAACCACUUAAAGGAGACUAAUGUUUAGUGUAGGUAGUUAGAAGUGCCCACUUUCAGUGAAUACCAGUUAAUCUUCAGUUGUGACCACCAAGUACGUUUUGGGUGAAAUAGGUUACGGAAGGAAAACUCUGAAACUCUGAGGAAGACAAUACUUGUGAACCUUCUUUGGAAGAUUUUGUCUAUAGCGAAGUAUUAGAGAUAUCUGAAGUAAAAACAUACUCCGUAUCCAAAGAGACAGUGCAAAUCACAUUAUAACAAAGGGUAUAAUAUAAUCUGAUCAUUAUCGUUCAAAUCCAAUCACCAGCGUACUUCUCUAGAAAGUUAAAAUAAGUUGGGAUGCAAUGCGCACUGUCAUUGGUUGAAAGAGCGUGUUAUCAGAGUACAAAACACGAAGCUGAGCUAAAGUUGUCCCGUCAUAUGGCAGUUUAAAAAAUGUCCGAACAUUUCCCGGACUUUUUACUAGUUUUUUUUCGCCGAUUAAAAGUGAAAUUUCGGAGCAAGCAAGCCGGCCAGUAGCAACAGAAGAACUAAACAAAGGUUUGUAAACAAACCGCCGUAGCUGACUUUAUCAUAACAUGAGCAGAGGCAAAAAACGAAAUGGACUGUCCGAAUUUCUGCAUUUUGAAAGUUUCCAUGCUCACUUAGAUUGUAAGCUUACAUACUUACAUUACAAAGGGGAUUAAGAAUUAUUUAUCUCGCGAUUCGUUAUUAACGCUUAUUCAUGCUUUUAUCACUAGUCGUUUAGACUAUUGUGAUGGACUUUUGUAUGGCCUUCCUAAGUCGCAAAUAGCCAAAUUGCAACGUGUGCAGAAUUCUGCGGCUAGACUUGUACUGAGUUUAAGUAAGUAUUCGCGUAUUUCUCCUGCGCUUUGUCAACUUCACUGGUUACCAGUACA